CGCCAAACGGGAACAAUGCUAAUUUCGAUGAAUUUUCCGGUUUAGUGGACUUCAAAACGGUACCCACAUCAGCCUUGGAUGCGUCGUUCCCGACCUUGCCCACGUUAUUGGAAGAGGAAGAGCAGGGCUUUUCUCUUGCGAAUUCCAACGAAGCAAAUCCGUAUAGUAGUUACGCCAGAGGUGGUGUAACAACAUCUUUCCCUUCCAGUAGCUCUUUGAGUGUAUUACCAGAACAACCCCCCUUCUCCUUCCUGCAACAGCAAUCCUUGUCGCAAGCAAGUACUUCUUCUGCGUACCGGGCGCCGACGAACCCAAAGAUGAUCAAAACGAUGUUUCACGUGAGUCUGACCGGCCUGGGGCAGGAGCAGGCGCUGGCGCGCGCGUUGGCCUCGCGAGCGGGGAAGGAAAGGUUUUUGACCACCUUCAUGGAGCUCACGGCCAGCACCGGGCUGGGCACGGAGAUUGGGCUCUCCAUGAGCGACAUCCGGUCCGCGGCCAUCUGCGACACCAAUCUGCUGAGCGAGGGGGAAGAGGAAGAGAAGACGUCGAAUCUGCUGGAGCUGGGCAGAGAUGUUGACGAGCAGCAGGGUACUAUACCUUCUGACAACACCAUGAAAAUGUCGUCCAAGGAAGUUGCAGACGCUGUUCCUGGUGUACAGGACGAGAAUAAGUCCCCGGGUAGUACGAGUGGAACUACAGCUUCUACUUUGGUCAACCGUAAAAAGGCCAUGGUCGGCGCGGCCAAGGAAUCCUUCUCCAUCGCAGUAGCCACGCCGACAAAAGCGGUAGUUUUAUGAUAAUGUGGUCGCUGAUCUCUCUGUCUUGAACUUUUUAGUUCUUUUGUCACGUAAUUAAAGUGUCUCUGUGUGUCUGUGCGCAGGGCAGCUGCACGAAGCUGGGAUAUAUCUAUGUCGCGAGAUAACAAAAAACCAUGGCACUAUUACAACAGUUUCCGGAGGCCCUGGUCGGCGCCCUUGGGGCGGAGAAGGUUACCUCCACGGCCGCGCCCUUCGGUCUCGGGACGCCGGUGUUUCUCGGGAAAAAGUGCGAGUUUGUGGUGGUCCACGCGUUGGAGAGGCCGGACGUGAACGCGCUGUCCUUUCAGAAAGCCUCGUUUGCGGUGAUGGGCUGCGACUCCACCGAGUUGGGCAAGGGCGAGCCCAACAUCGACGUCAUGGCAACCCGGUGCACCGGCGCCGCCGUUGAGGAUUAUGCUGCGAGAAGCGGGACCUUCAACAUCCGAGCGAGCGGGUGCGAAAGCACGCAGAACACGGUGCCGGCCCCGGUUUAACUAGGUAGGGAUCUUUGACAACGUGGCGGGCUGCUCGGGGGGAGGCAAGGAUACUUAUUUUUUUGUAGAAGUUGAUGUGCGUGGUCAAAUGGGCAGGAGGGGCAGGGCAAAAACAAGUAGGAUCUAACAGAAAUAUGAAAUUCAAAAAAUUCAGCCGCAUUUUUACUUCGCAAGAUGGAAGCUACACCAAGGCUUUGAUUCCAACACAACUAAACAAGAGUCAAAUUCCGACUCAAGUCAGAACAUUUUAGAAUAGAAACAUACGUCGACACUGUGAAAAUAAUGUCCAGCGACUUCGCAAAGAGUCUAAGUAUGUCUCAAAAUGAAAUUUGUACACUAAGGUUUCAUCGUUUUUUGAACAAUAUUAUAGUAAUGCUGCAUUGAGUCUUUUUCCUCCUCGGCACGUUUCGCAUUUCGUUUCGAAUUUUUUUUUUUCAAUCUGCAAGCCCGCGCUGUGAUUUCGCAAAACUGCAAGAGCAGUACGAGGACCUCGUACCAUAUUCGCAGGAUUGGCAAUGCUAGUACUGCUAGAGCCUAGUGCAAUUUAUUCCCAAGGAAGUCAUGAUUUUUCGAAAGUCGCGAUCAGAAAAUGAAUGUGAUUCUUACUAGAACGGUGAGUGUAAAAAUAAUGUACGGCCUCUAGGCGACGCUGCACAAGCAGAAUUACUGCGAACCAACAAGUUACUUAC